CAAGUGGAGUACAGUCGGUAACACUGCCGGAUUUCUCUAAUUCUUGUGGAUGUUUUGGCGAUGUUUGGGCACUUCUUUGCUCAAGAUAAACUCAUCAGUCGGCGUGCAUCAUGUCAAGUGGGGAUACGCAACAUGUGGGGCCUUAUAAACUGGAGAAAACCCUUGGAAAAGGACAAACGGGUUUGGUGAAGCUCGGCGUUCACUGUGUAACAGGGAAGAAAGUCGCCGUCAAAAUCAUAAACAAAGAGAAACUCAGCGAGUCAGUAUUAAUGAAGGUUGAAAGGGAAAUUGCAAUAAUGAAGCUCAUCGAACAUCUCCACGUCUUGGGACUGUACGACGUCUACGAAAACAGAAAAUAUUUAUAUCUGGUUCUAGAGCACGUCUCAGGAGGGGAGUUGUUCGACUAUUUGGUAAGGAAAGGGCGGCUGACACCGAGGGAAGCCCGCAAGUUCUUUCGCCAAAUCAUCUCAGCCAUCGACUUUUGUCAUAGCCACUCAAUCUGCCAUCGGGACCUGAAGCCAGAGAACCUACUCCUCGACGAGAAAAACAACAUCAGGGUUGCGGAUUUUGGGAUGGCGUCGCUGCAACUGGAUCAGUCGUUGCUCGAGACCAGCUGUGGUUCCCCUCACUAUGCAUGUCCGGAGGUCAUACGGGGAGAGAAAUAUGACGGACGGAAAGCAGAUGUAUGGAGUGCAGGAGUUAUACUUUAUGCUCUACUGGUGGGAGCGUUACCGUUUGACGACGACAACCUCAGGAAUCUCUUAGAGAAGGUGAAGAGAGGAGUGUUUCAUAUUCCUCACUUCGUUCCUCCGGACUGUCAGAACUUGCUACGAGGCAUGGUGGAGACGCACGCAGAAAAACGACUAACGAUAUCGCAGAUUCAACGACAUCCCUGGUUUUUAAUUGGUUCAAAGAAUGACGGACAUGACACGGAUUUACCGAAAAAACCAUCCGUAAAGAUUCCAGUACUAAUGAGUGAAGAGGACAUAGAUCCUGAUGUCUUAGGCAGCAUGGGCUCGCUAGGUUGCUUCAAAGACCGCGAGAAACUUCUUAGAAAUCUACUCAGUCAAACCAACAACUCCGAGAAGGUGAUUUAUUCAUUACUGCUAGAUCGGAAGCAAAGGAAACCAAGCUUUGAGGACGAUAGUGAAGCCUCGUCAAGGUCUCGUUCAGAUUCAGCCGAUCCACCGAGGAAACGAGUGGAUUCGUACCGGAGGAGAUCAGCAGAGAGGAAAUCUUUAGACGUCCUCGGCGAUGUCUCCAUGUCACCGGCCAGAAGGGCCAUGGCAGCCCAGAACUUCGGCGGUUGUAGAAGUUUAACCAACAGCCCGCUCCCGUCGCCCCAACACAGCCCCCGUCAUCUCCCUCGUCAGCACUCCAGCGGUGCCAUGAUGCCCAUCACCAACAGCCCAAUCAACACGCCCCCCGGCAGCCCGACAAACUCCUCCCAGCAGCAGCCGCAGCAGCAGUCGUUGUGGAGGGCAAGGCUCAACAGCAUCAAGAACAGCAUCUUGGGUUCGCCGAGGUUCCACCGGAGGAAGAUGCAGCCGGCCGAGUCGGAAGAAAACACGCUGACGCCGGACAGCUCACCGGAGAUGUCCAAGAAGUCAUGGUUUAGCAGUCUAGUCACCAGCGAUAGGAACGAGGAUGAAUUAUCGAUGGCAAUCAGAGAUCGGACUUUCAGCUCCGUCAAGGCAGACCUCGUCCAAGCGUUACUAUCGAUUCAUGAUUUAAGUCACAGCGUACUUUCACCACAUGCCUUUAAGGCAGAAUUCAAACGGGGUGGAAGCAGUGCCGUCUUUGCCAAACCCAUGAAGUUCCACGUGGAGAUAUUAAACUCAGACGGCGACACUGGAAAAGAGAACCCAGUCCUCGUGGUUCAUUUCACAUUGAUAUCAGGUCCCUCUCGGCGAUUCAAACGUCUCGUCGAGGUCAUACAAUCCCACAUGACCUCAGCCAGAGGCCACUCCGAAUCAUCUCUCCGCAGCCUCCACUCCCCGAACACCACCAGCGUGACCGACCCCUUGAGGUUACAACCUUUGACCCAGUCCUUCAGCGAGGAUGAAGGGGAUGACGUCUUCUCGGAGAGGGUGGCGUCACCGGACCGGCUCAUGAAGGAGGAGAGGAAACAUCGAGCAAUUAGCGACGUAACAAACGGCAACACGUCGUUUAACUGACACAGAUCCUUAGCGUAGGGGGGGGGGUCUUCGGUUUUUAGAUCUUCGCUUUGGCAGAUUGUUUUAUUUAGGUUGAGAAGCAAUGAAUUGAAAAUCGAUUGAGAAAUCAAGGAAUGACUCCAAAUCUGCUUAGCGUAGAUAUCUUGCUAAGCAAAUGGUAACACGUCGCUUAACUGACGCACAUCCUUAGCGUAGUGGGGUCGUCUGUUUUUAGAGAUCUGCACAUGGGCAAAUUCAAUGGGAAUUUUUUAUUUAUUUAGGUUGAGAAGCAAUGAAUUGAAAAUCGAUUGAGAAAUCAGGGAAUUACUCCAAAGCUGCUUAGCGCGGAAACAUCUUGCUAAGCAGGAAUAA